AUGACUACCACGCUGUCUGUACCACCUGUGUUCUCUGAGAACCACUCGAUGGUCUCGCUGGGCGCCUCUGACUCGCGCGGGCACCACUUGACUGAACACACUCACCAUGAACACCAUGUGAACCACGUUAACCACGACAAGAAGGACGGUCUGGACAUCAACGACAUGGACAACCUGUCCACGGUCUCGUCCCGUCUGGAGGACUCUGAGAAGCAAGACGACUACAUGGACGAUGGUAAGGACGAGCACACCAGACUGCGCAAGGACCUGAAGGCGCGCCACAUCUCCAUGAUCGCCAUCGGUGGCUCCAUCGGUACGGGUCUGCUGAUCGGUACUGGUAACUCAUUGUAUACGGCUGGCCCCAUGUCGAUGUUUAUCGCCUACGCCUUCGUUGGUGUGCUGGUGUUCUUCACCAUGGCCGCCCUGGGAGAGAUGGCCUCUUACAUCCCACUAGAUGGUUUCACCAGUUACGCCUCCAGAUACUGUGACCCAGCUCUGGGUUUCGCCGUCGGCUACGCAUACUUGUGUAAGUACCUGAUCUUGCCUCCAAACCAAUUGACCGCUGCAGCUCUGGUUAUCCAAUACUGGCUAGACCGUGAGCAGGUCAACCCUGGUGUAUGGAUCACCAUCUUCCUUGUUAUCAUCGUCGCCAUGAACUUCAUCGGUGUCAAAUUCUUCGGUGAAUUCGAGUUCUGGCUAUCCACUUUCAAAGUCAUCGUCAUGAUCGGUCUGAUCAUCUUGCUGUUUGUGAUCAUGCUUGGUGGUGGCCCAACCCACGACCGUUUGGGUUUCAGAUUCUACGACCAUCCAGGUGCCUUCAAACCAUACUCAAAGUCCAUCGACGGCUCCAAGGGUAAGUUCGUCGCCUUCGUCGCCGUGCUAGUUUACGCCUUGUUCGCCUACUUGGGUAUUGAAUUGACUGGUAUCGUCGCCGCAGAAGCAGCAAACCCAAGAAAGUCCAUUCCAAAGGCCAUCAAACUAACAAUGUACCGUAUCAUCGUCUUCUAUUUGGUCACCAUCUUCCUGCUAGGUAUGUGUGUCGCAUACGAUGACCCAUUGCUAAAGAAGGCCAAGACCUCAGGUACUGGUGCUGCUGCUUCUCCAUACGUUGUCGCUAUUAUCAACUCCGGUAUCAAGGCCCUACCUCACAUCUUCAACGCCUGUGUGCUAAUGUUUGUCUUCAGUGCAUGUAACUCUGACUUGUACGUCGCUUCCAGAACCCUUUACGGUUUGGCAAUCGACAACAAGGCUCCAAAGAUAUUCGCCGUCACCAACAGAUGGGGUGUGCCAUACUACUCGCUUCUAAUGAGUUCCUGCUUCUGUCUAUUGGCAUACAUGAGUGUCUCCUCCGGUUCCGCCAAGAUCUUCAACUACUUCGUUAAUGUUGUCUCCAUCUUCGGUCUAUUAAGUUGGAUCAGUAUCUUGAUCACCUACCUUUGCUUCUUCAGAGCUGUCAAGGCCCAAAAUGUCGACAGAUCCAGAUUCGCUUACCGUGCUCCAUUCCAACCAUACGGUUCUUACUUCACUCUAGCUUUCUGUAUUUUGAUUGCCUUCAUUAAGAACUUCACCGUCUUCUUGAACCACCACUUCGACUACAAGAAUUUCAUCACUGGUUACAUCGGUAUCCCAGUGUUCGUGAUCUCUUACUUCGGCUACAAAUUCGUUAAGAAGACUAAGAUCUGGAAGCCAGAGGAAGUCGAUCUAUACACUUUCAAGGCUGCCAUCGAUGAAGAAGAAGAACAAGGUAAGAUCGCUGACGCUGAAAGGAGAGAAAGAUUGAAGAACAGUAAGACUAAGGGAUGGGACUGGUUCUACGAAAAGGUCCUUGGUAACAUCUUCUGA